AUGGAGCAUGCCAAAGAUGGUUGUUGCAGAGUUCACUUUAUCCAAUUUGACCGUAUCGCAUAUGGAAUUUCACAUGUGAUUAAUCACGAUUUGGAGUUGAGGUUUUUCAUUCACUACUGCAUCUCGAAAGGGAUUGAUGUGUUGAAGUUUAACAUCCAGUUUAAGAUUUAUGUUGAUUCUGUUCCUCCUUCUUAUUCUUCUGUUGCUCCUUCUUCGUCAUCAUCAAGUUGUGUUUCAAACAACGAUGUGGCUAUUAUAGAAGAUUUGACGGAUGAUUCAUCUUUGGUCAAAAGGGUCCCCAAGAAUGGUUACAAACUUGACGUAGGUAAGAGUGACAAGAAACGUUACGCUGUGGAGUGUAUGAACAAGAAAAGUCAAAAUUAUAGCUGGAGGUUUCAUGCAUCUGUCGUUGCCAAAACUAAAGGUGUGUUUCAGUGCAAGAAGUUUCGCGAAGAGCAUUCAUGUGAUUUAGCUUCUUCUGAUCCAGCAAAAGUCAGGAUGACGAAGUCUUUUCUGAAGGAUAUCUUAAUGGAUGAAUUUCAAGUAUCAAAGAAGAAGAAGACUGCAUCUGAUGUCCAAGAUCUGCUCCAUCUGGAAUAUGAGAUCUAUCCAGUUGCUUUUGGUAUUGUACCUUGCGAAAAUUGUGAGAGUUGGGAAUGGUUCUUAACUAACUUGAAGGGUAUUAUCAGGGAAGACCAUCCACUGACCAUCAUAUCAUACCGUGGAGCUGGCCUUCUGAAACAUGUCCCCGUGAUCUUCCCAAAGGCUUACCAUUCUUACUGUUUGUACCACAUGAAAGGGAAUAUUCCGGUUCCAAAGGGUAAGAGCAGGCAAACUGCUGUGAAGUUGUUUGAAGAGUGCUACACUGUUUUAACAAAGGAGAAGUAUUAUGCCGCUGCCAAGAGUAUGAGCAACUUGAAGCUGGAUUCAGUGAUUGGUUGGAUGGUAAAGAUUCCAUUCCAGAACUGGGAAGCUCAUGCUUUUCAAGGAGAAAGGUUUGGUGAUAACACAUUGAACAUUGCGAAGAGUUUUAACAAUGUGAUUAAGCAUGAUAAGCGGCUUCCAGCACUUGAGCUUAUCGACUGUAUUCGUGCUAAGGUAAUGGAUCAGAACUACAAGAGGUUGGUGGAGUCUAGUAAGUGGACUUCAAAGCUUACUCCCAGUAUGCAAGCUAGGCUCAACAAGAGGAUUGGGCCAGAUGAACCUUAUAAGUACAUUAUUACGUAUUAUACCACUGAGUUCUACAGAGGUCUGUAUGCUCGUCCUAUCUAUCCUAUUCCCGACAGUGAGAAGCCGCCUAAAAUUAAUGAGGAAGGUUAUGUAUUUCCUCCCAAUGGUGGUCGAGCGUAA